GCCAUCAGCACGGCCACCUACACCACGGUGCCGCGCGUGGCCUUCUACGCCGGCCUCAAGAACCCCCACGAGGGUUACGAGGUGCUCAAGUUUGACGACGUGGUCACCAACCUAGGCAACAACUACGACGCGGCCAGCGGCAAGUUUACGUGCAACAUUCCCGGCACCUACUUUUUCACCUACCAUGUCCUCAUGCGCGGCGGCGACGGCACCAGUAUGUGGGCAGACCUCUGCAAGAAUGGCCAGGUGCGGGCCAGUGCUAUUGCCCAGGACGCGGAUCAGAACUAUGACUACGCCAGCAACAGCGUGAUCCUGCACCUGGACGCCGGCGACGAGGUCUUCAUCAAGCUCGAUGGAGGCAAAGCACACGGCGGCAACAGCAACAAAUACAGCACGUUCUCUGGCUUCAUCAUCUACUCCGACUGAGCUCCCCGUGUCCCUCCACCCACGUCCCUCACCCCCGCGGGAUCCCCUCCGGGCGGGGCAGACGAUGACUCGCCCCUGCCCACCCGCUCGCCGCCCGGCCCUCCCCGGCUAUGACGCCCCCGGCCCGUGCUCACCACCGCCUGGGCCACGGCUAGGCCCUCCCGCCGGCUCGCUGCAGAGCCGGGCCCAGCGCGCCCUGUCCCCGUGCCCGGGAGCCGGGGUUGACCGCCCCCGCCCGGCCCACGCUAUAUAUUUGUACAAUAGGACUGUUUACUGCCCACCUCCGCCUGCCAGCCCACCCCAGCCUGGGGAGAGGUCGCGGCGGCGGGGUUGCUUCCUGCGCUCUGAGAUGAGCUGCCCUUGGCUCCCUCCGGGGUGGCGCGCCCAGGGAAAGGGGGAGUUGGGGACUGGAUUGCUUCCCAGCACCCUCAGAGCCCCUGCCCGGCUGUGCCCCGUCUGACCAAAGCUAUAAUAAAAACAUUGUCACCCCGC